AAUCUAUGACCAACUUGUUGUCCCAUUCCUCCAAAGGCUCACAGGAAAAGAAGGCGGCAUCACUCUCUUGCAGAGGAUAGGAAUUGGCACGUUUCUCACUGUAAUCUGCAUGAUAGUAUCUGCAUUUGUUGAAGAACGCCGAAGGACUUUAGCUCUAACUAAACCGAUUCCAGGACCAAAGGGUGCCAUUUCUUCCAUGUCAGGCUUUUGGUUGAUCCCUCAGCUCUCAAUUGCUGGACUUGCUGACGCAUUCACCACCGUUGGUCAAAUUGAGUUCUACUACAAGCAGUUCCCUGAAAACAUGAGAAGCAUUGCAGGGUCUCUCUUCUUUUGUGGAAUAGCAGGUUCAAGUUACUUAAGCAGUUUGUUAAUUGCGGUAGUUCACCAGACGACUGAGGGGGCUGCAACUGGAAAUUGGCUGCCAGAAGAUCUAAACAAGGGGAGAUUGGACUACUUCUACUACUUGAUUGCUGCUCUAGGAGCCAUUAAUUUGGGCUACUUUUUAGUUUGUGCAAAUUGGUACAAGUACAAAGGUACUGAGAACAACAAUGCCCUUGGAGUUGAAGUUGAACUGGUGAGGAAAAAACUGCUGGUUGAUAAUGAAGCUUAGAAGUUAUCACAUUAGUUCAUGAUAUGCUAUAGCAACUGAUCCUUGUAUAUGUUUUACAUUGGAAGUGCUUAAGAAUUUGAGACAGCAUUAGGCUAUAUAGUUAUCAAGAAUCCGUGCCUGGGAACAAAGGCUUACAUGCUAGAUUUCUAAAAUAUAUUAAUCAUGAACAACCCAUUAAAUGACAUGAGGUACUUUUCUUCA